CCGUUUCGAAGAUUCCAGGUCAGUCUUAUAUACUGGUCCAGGAUCAGUUUUAUCUUCCACUGUUACGUUGCGGUGACGUUGGACGCGCUGCUAGGGCUGGUCCUACAACAGCGAUUACAAGCGCUUAGUCCAGCUCGAACUAUGACUACGACAGGUCUUCGACACUUCCGCUAUUUUUACGGCAGCCAUCUGGUUUCCUUCCACAAGUAGAGAUGUCAGCUGGCUGAGAGAUGACAUGUACACACAGCAAAUAAAACUGACGAGCUACGUCGAAACAAACUCUAACAGGAACACGCAAGUACGGGACGCAAACAUUACGCCGAGGCGACAAAGUAAACGCGGAAGUGUGAACGCGCCAUGCGGGUGAGCCGAAAUGUGUCGACUAGCUUGAUAACAUCAACUGCGUUAUAGCGCUGCAAUUUAUGUAAACUCCUCGCAGCUUCAAGUUGCUGGUUUAACAGAUGUUUGGAGUUGUUUUUUGCACUCAUUUAAACGGAAACUCGACACUCAAGUGUUUGCUUCUGUAAUGAAAAAGUAGGUUUUUCCAGCACUCUGUCACAGAAGAAAUCAAUUCAGCCUUGUUUUGCGCGUUGCUCUUCAAGUCUAGCUUGAUGAGUUAAUGCUACUAUGCCUGUUAGAGCUGUUUGCCACUCCCAGCUUUUACUGCUGUUAGGAAGUCCUGUAGGUAUCGCCCUUGACUGAGGAAAACUGCAGUGUAGUUCAUGUAUAAUCCGCCGAAAACCACGUGGAGCAAGAGACAGAUGAUGUGGCUUCAACAGAGGUUAAAAGGUCUGCCAGGUCUGCUCUCGAGCAGCUGGGCCCGCCGUGUCCUGGUGGGAUUACUGCUCUUCCUCAUUUUCUACUGGUACUUGAGUUCAGAUGGGCUCCUGAAGUUUCUCAGCAUGUCCAGGGAGUCUGGAGGAGCGGCGGGGGCUUGUCUGCAGACCGAUCUUCACAGGUGGGUGCCGUUGGUGGACCGAGGGGAGGGAGUGGUGCUCACCCCCCAAACCAAAGAAACAGUCCCAUUUGUGGUUGGUAAUGGACAUUUCCUGGUGGAUGUGGACUCUAAUAAACUCUGGGUAGCUUCAUCUUCACAGCCUGGAUCCGCGCCGGUUCACCAAACAGACUACGGACCGAUAGUGCGCCUGCAGAUCCCAGGAACACGCUCGGAAGCUCGAGGAAUGAUGCUGUGGUACAGAAAAGGCUCUGUUCUGUCCUCCCGAUGUAUCCUGACAGCGUCUUCUCACGAUUGCGUCGUCAUCCGAGAGGAGUUUGUUGCGCAUCGCAGUCGACCCAAUGUUUAUCUCCAGAGAAUUUACAUAUCAAACCCUACAGACCGUCCGGUUUCCAUCGACCUGGUCACGGAGUCUCCAUCGUUUAGGAGCACUGCGGAGAAGAUGGAGGAAAAAGAGUUUGUGCUCUCCUCAGGACGGGUGCUCACGGAAAAAAAGGACACCGUGUUGGUGGUGGUGGCCUCAAAGAAGCUGAGCACCAAGAUCCAGGUUUCUGCCAAAUCGGAAUACAAAGAAAACCUGGUGAGCGUGAUUCACACCUCGGAGCCCACCGAGGGCGGGAAACUGGACGAAACCCUCGGCAAGCUCAGAGAAGGAGUCAAGAAAGAGAUGGUGGAUGUCCUCCGAGCCAAUGUGGACGAACUGAUACAAGAGCACCAGCAAGCAUGGGUGGAUCUCUUCAUAUCUGGUGUGGAAAUCAGAAAGAUCACAGACGCCCAUACUCCGUCCAGUCGCACAGUCAACAACACGCUGUACUACAUUCUGUCGACCUCCACAGCGCCCCUCCUGGAUCAGAGUCUCACAGCAGAAGAGCACGAACGCCUGGAGUCCAGUCUGAACUACGCUGACCACUGCUUCAGCGGCCACGCCACCAUGCACGCCGAGAACCUGUGGCCGGAGCGCCUGUCCAACGUGGCUCAGAUCCUGCAGCUGGUGAACCUCUGGAACCUGACCUUCCAGAAAAGAGGAUGCAAGGUCCUUGUGGCAGCAGGCACUCACGGUAUGAUGCAAGGCAUGGUCCUGAGUUUCGGCGGUCUGCAGUUCACCGAGAACCACCUCCAGUUCCAGGCCGACCCGGAUGUUCUUCACAACAGCUACUCUUUGAGGGGCAUCCAUUACAAUAAAGACCUUAUCAACCUGGCCGUGCUGCAGGACGCCGAGGGCAAGCCCUUCCUGCACGUGUCCGUCAAGCCUCAGGAGAAACCCGUGAAGCUGUACGCUUGCGAGGCCGGCUGCAUGAACGAGCCCGUGGAACUGACCUCGGAGCUUCGAGGCCACAUGUUUCCGGUGAUGGUGACCCAGCCCAUCACGCCUCUGCUGUACAUCUCCACUGAUCUCACUCACCUGCAGGACCUGAGACACACGAUGCACGUCAAGGCCAUCUUGGCUCAUGAGGACCACAUGGCCAAGCAGUACCCAGGCCUGCCCUUUCUCUUCUGGUUCAGUGUGGCGUCCCUCAUCACGCUCUUCCACCUCUUCCUCUUCAAACUCAUCUAUAAUGAGUACUGCGGGCCUGGAGCCAAGCCGCUCUUCAGGAGUAAGUUUGGACUCCUACUCUGGGAAAACAAGGAAACAGAUCCACUGGAUGGAGUAGAUUCAACAGGAUGAUGUUACUGUCUGAAGCCUAAUCCAGUGUGCAGGAACAUUAAAUAAUGCUCUAUCUCUGGAUGUCCUCUCAGGAUUGAUUUUAAUCACUGGACACGUACCAAACUACUUAAUACAUGUUUUCCAUUUUGCUAUGUGUAUUUAAUUAUGAACGUUAUCUGAAUGAACGUCAUCUGAUUUUGGUUGAAGAUUAUGUAAGUUAAAAUAUGAAGACUCUUUAAAGGUGCCCAUCAUGUGCAAAUUAGUGAUCAAAUAUCAACAAUUAUGAAGGAUUCAAACAAUACCUGUAUUAAUUUAUUCUUUUAGCUUAUAAACAAACAUAAUAAUACAAUCUUAAUAGAAACAAAAUAAAAAAAUGCAGCUCCUAAAUACUGAUUUUAUGUAAAAUAAAUAAAUAACCUUCUAAGAUCACCAUUUGUCUUUGAUUAAUCUCUCGUCAUUUUUUUUAAGAAAAUAAAUAUAAAUGGCUUGGACUUCAUUAGAUUGUCGUCCAGCUGAUGCUUUUAUCCAAAGUGACUUACAGUCUCUUAUCAGAGACACAAUGGUGUCAGUUGGUGAAUGCUUGAAUUCACAAUCUUUCUGCUAAUGAAGGUUAUGAUAAAGUGAACUGCUGGGCUUCCCCAACCAGUCACAGGCUGCACUGAGUUGCAUUGCUCAACAAACUGUCCUCAACGCCUUACCAAAUUGGUGUUCCACUGGUUUAGAAGGUCGGCCAGUAAGUCCCCCAGAAUGAUUACAAAAGUGCACAGACAUUGCAAAGGUUGUAGGAGUUGUUUUAUAGUCUGGAGUUGCUGGAGCUCCAGAUAAGAUUUUACAUGCAAAUAAAUAAAUAAAAUCUCUAAGACAAUUAGCACAGGUGUGAUGUAGUAAGUAGAAGACCUCACUCCAUCUUUGGCAACAUUUCCCUCAUCAUUAUCUUACCCUGUACGAACCAAAAUAUAAUUAUUUUACCACUAGAGGGCAAUGUGCACUGUUCACCUGUUCGACAUCACAUUUUAACCUUCCCUUGAGGAUGUAUUGGACAGGUAUGGGUGAACAUAUGGUUCUCAGCUCCACAUGCUUUUAUUGUAAAUGUUGUUUGUUCAUUAAAAUAACCUGUCAAGAAAUGGA